AUGGCGACAUCAUUAAAGUUAUUAAAAAAAACGAAUACCCCCUUUCUAGGUGUUUUUAAUCACAAGGUAUUAGGAAAUAUAUUUAAAUUUAACACAAACAAACAGAAGAAUUUAUCUAGUAGUAGUGUGAGCAAAGAUACAGGAACACAGACAGUGAGGGAAAAUUUAGAUAAAGGGGAUGUACAAUUUAAAUACUGCCCUUAUUUGAAACCCAUGGAUAUAAAAGGAAUAAAAAGGGCUGAUCGAAAGUUUGAUUACAACAGUAGUUACUCAUUUAUGCUUGCGCAGAAAGAUUUUUCAGAAAACCCCCAGAAGAAAAACUUUCUUACACAUUAUUUGUACAACGGGAUGAAAGUGCCCUUACCACCCAACAGAUAUAAAUUAUCCGAAUAUGUGGACGUUAGACUAGACAUGUUUUCCCCUGUAAUAAUUACAUGUGUCAUAUGCUUUCCAUUCUUUUUUACAGGAUACAUGUGGUCUGUGCCGGAGAAAAGUUCAGCUCACUAA